GGCUCUUCACUUGGUCUAGGCGAGUCGCGUCUUAGUGAUCCCGGCGCUGAUUUUGAGAUCAGUUCAGAUAGACCUGGUCUCCGUAAGGUUACAUUCCUUGGCCAACUAUUCAACAGCGUUCGUGCAACGCCUGACACUGACGAAUGGUCUGACACUUCAGGUUCUCACAUUUGCGGGGCGUCAGCUUCUUUUCCUAUAUCGCGACAACAAAGUCCGUCUAGAAAUAACUCGAUUGUCAGCUUUUCUGCCCUCGGGGUCCCAAAUGCUGGAGAUUCUGGGGCGACAAAACUUACAUCCGCAACAAUGAGUUCCUCAGGCUCUUAUUUAAACCAGCUAAAAGGCACUUCUUCGCCCGAUUCAGGUCUCAUAGCACAUCAACAUCUCUCGAGCCAGAGUACCCAAGAUAAAAUGGGAGCCCCUGCAUCAGUUACCACCUCUACCAAGUCGGUUAGCAAUAUUGUGUCCGGCAAGCCUCCCAUAAUUUUAGAUCGAGAGCUUCAUUCUCAGUCGAAAGGUACUCCUCCAACUCCAUACCAGACCAAUAAAAGACCUAAAGAGAUCUCCUUAUCACUUACCAGCUUGAUCAAUGAAUUAUUUAUGGAUGGUAAGCCUUGCUCUUUAUUUCCCCUCUCUUAUUUCCAUCUCUCUCUUUAA